UUCGUUCGUUCCGCCGCCAUAUUUUCCGUCUCUCAGUGACGAACAAGAACUUCACUGUUGCGUUUUUCACUACCGCUUCUGUUGAAAAACAAUUCGGCGCCUGAUCUUACUGUUCUCAGUAAAGACAUCAUGAGUACGAGUUCUCAGGCAGAGAAAAAAAGACACAAAGUCCAAAGUGAUAGCGAGCCUAUCGAGGAAGAAAACGAAACCUCAAGUCCUUCCAUUUAUGGCGUAGUAGCCGCUCAUUCAUUAUCAAAGGAUAUCAAGCAGAAGUCACUGCAUUUAAUAAAAGUCAAAAAACGGCACGGGGACUGGGGACAGUUUGAUUUGAGGCAUGCAUGGUCACCGGAAGACCUGUCGAGUAACAUGGGUAGUCGGCAUGGUAGUGGACUAACACGAGAAACAACACUGGUUGAUGAUAAUUUAUCAAUGGCCAGACCUUUCGUUAUGGAACCUUUGCGAACGUUUCAGGAACACAGAGUCAUACCAAUUAUUCAACACGUGCUAGAAACAAACCUGGCUGAACAGAAAUACGACCCAAUCUUCUGCAAAGAUGCCACCGUUAAAAUAACUGAGGAGAUAAAGGAACGAGUAAAGAAAUUGUGUUAUCCCCGGUACAAAUUUGUUUGUCACGUGAUUGUGGGUGACGCCAAUAGACAGGACGUGAGAGUUGUGAGCCGGUGCGCUUGGGAUGCAGCGGUAGAUCGUUAUGCGCAGUUUGAAUAUCGAAGCUUUUAUCUGUACGCAGUAGGAAUUGUUUAUGGAAUUUACUGUGAAUGAGAUUUGCUAAUUACCUUGGGAUAUACGUAUGACAUGUUUUUCUCCCUCGCCUUUCCAGAGACAAACGCGGAACUGAAGGAAUUUUUUAAAUAUUUUAAAAGAACUGUCGGGCUUUGACGAAACAUCGACUCGAGAAUGUCCUCAAUAAAUGCCAUGCACUAGCAUAUAAGAUCAGGACUAUUAUGGUUCCUGGUCUUAUAAAUUUUUUUUAAUCAUAUCUGUCAAUCAAGUUUGAUCAGAAACAAUCCUGUAUUAAAGACGCAACGAUGUAAUAAGAAACCAUUAAAUUUCCCAACGACACGGAGAGAUAAUGGAGAAAGAAACUGGGAAGAAGGUUGGAGAAAAGUCUGAGAUGCCAAAGUCCGCUCUUCAUUUGCUUUUGAGCCGGUUAGACUUUCGUUGAUUAGUCUGCAUAACAAGCGCUUAUUUAGCUGUGUGUGAAGCGGGAGACAUUAAGCUCGAAGCGCGAGACAAAGGAAAGAGAAAACUACGAUUAUCUUUCUCUUCCCCUCGCCUCGCUCCCCGCGCUCGCGUGUUGCGCUUCGUGCUUGAUGUCUCUGGCUUCGUGCCUGUAACGCAGGCUAUCUACUGAUCGACGCGAGUUAGUUCAGCUGUGCUCGAGAAAACUCAAGUGAAGGGAGGUCUGAAAAGA